AUGAUCAAUGGCUCCGCAAAUGGUGCCGCUGGCCCAACCAGCACUCACACCGUCACCAUGCUGAAGAGGUGGUCUUGCCAAGACAAGGACCUCCCAAGCGUCCAGCAGAUCAAGAGUAUCCACGUCUACGACUUCGACAAUACGCUCUUUGCGAGCCCCCUUCCGAACAAGCAGGUCUGGAACGGUCCCACCAUCGGCCAGCUGCAGUCGCCCGAUGUCUUCGUGAAUGGAGGAUGGUGGCACGACGCCAGCAUUCUGGCCGCCACGGGUGAGGGCGUGGAGAAGGAGGAACCGAGGGCUUGGAACGGCUGGUGGAACGAGCAGAUUGCCACCCUUGUCGAGCUAUCGAUGGAGCAGAAGGACGCUCUAACCGUGCUGCUCACUGGUCGUUCAGAGGCGCCCUUUGCCGAGCUGAUCAAGCGCAUUCUGAAGGCCAAGAAGCUCGAUUUCGACAUGAUCUGCCUCAAGCCUGCCGUCGGUCCGCAGAACCAGAAGUUCUCGAACACCAUGACAUUCAAGCAGGAGCUCCUUGGAGACUUGGUCUACACGUACAAGGAUGCUGACGAGAUUCGCGUCUAUGAGGACCGGCCCAAGCACACCAAGGCUUUCCGCGACUUCUUUACCAACUUCAACAAGGCUCUGCUCUCUCCAGAUCCUCCUGUUGCACGUAAGACCAUCACGGCAGAGGUCAUCCAAGUUGCUGAAAACGCAACAUCUCUCAAUCCCGUCACCGAAGUCGCCGAGGUUCAGCGCUUAAUCAAUGCGCACAACGCCCUGGUUAAGUCUCGUCAGACACCGGCUGGAGUCAAGCCAUAUCAGAUCAAGCGGACGGUCUUCUUCACUGGGUAUCUGCUUGAACCUCCCGUCACCGAGCAGCUCACUGCCGCUCUUCUUGACAGCUUGCCCAACAGGCCCGAUAGUGAUAUCCGGAUCCUUGCCAACAGUAUAUUGAUAACUCCUCGUCCGGCGCCGAAGAGUAUCCUUGACAGGGUUGGUGGUAUUGGCAAGGUCCAGCGCUGGCGUGUCAACGGCUUUGCGCUUUUCGAGAACCGGCUCUGGGCAGCCCGCGUGUCCCCAGUGCCUGCCAACUCUCGCAUCUAUACUGAGAAUCCCACUCCCACUAUCGUACUCGCCUUGGGUCGUGGCGCGAAGCCAGUAGAUGCUGGCCGCAUCCAGAACUGGCAACCCGUGUCCGAAGACAAGGCAUUGGAGUUCGACAGCACCGUCGGUGAGAAGGUCCUGUUGAGACUGGAAGACGAGCGCCGUGGUGAGAGCGAGUACGAGUCUUACUUCCCUGGAAACCGCAAGCGCGCCAGGCCGCGCGACGAUGAAAUGGAGCUCGACGUCAAUGACAAGAACGCAUUCCCGGCUCUGGGCGGUGGCGCCCGUCCGCAGCCGCCUUCUCAGCCCGCUGCGUACAACAACAGCUACAACCACGCCAGCGGCCAAUCUGCAUACUCCGUCUAUAACCGCGACGAGAACAGGCGGGCCCCUGGAAAUGGCCCACAUCAGUUCCGUGGGAAUUACCAAGGUAGGGGCCGAGGUGGUCCCCAUGGUGGUCGUGGCGGACGGGGUGGUCGCGGUGGUUACAACGCUGGCAGAGGCGGCAGGGCGCGUCCCGGCCAAGGCCACUACAAGAGUCUUGAUGAUAUGAACGAUAAGGGGCCAGGUGGAGUCGGCUAUGAGGAUGGAGGCUAUCCCUACUAA